CUCGUGCGCGGUUCGACGUACAAGUCCCCGCGGACGACGAGCAGCAGCAACAACAACAACAAUGGUUUACGGUUGAACGUCUCACUUUAAGAAGGUUGGAGCUCGCGUCAAUCAAUCUAUCAAUCUUUUUUUUUAAGUCGAAAAACACGAGGAAUAUGGAGACCUCCAAAUCCUCGAUAAUGCAGGUCAGCUUUGUUUGCCAGCGAUGCAGCCAGCCUCUAAAGCUUGAUACCUCCUUCAAAAUUUUGGACAAAGCUACAAUGAUGGAGUUGACAGCGCCACUCGUGACUGCAGCUGCAGUUAAAACAGCAGAUAUUCAAGAAGAUGAUUCACAUGUUGAGGAAACUUUUGCCCAAAGCAAACCAGAUGGAGUUUCAAGAAGAUUAAUACCACCUGCCAGGAUGAUGUCCACAGAAAGUGCCAAUAGCUUCACAUUGAUAGGUGAAGCUUCUGAUGGAGGCACAAUGGAGAACCUGAGCAGAAGACUAAAGGUAACUGGAGAUCUAUUUGACAUCAUGUCUGGACAGACGGAUGUGGAUCACCCUCUUUGUGAAGAAUGUACUGAUACAUUACUCGAUCAGUUGGAUACUCAGUUGAACAUCACAGAAAAUGAAUGUCAAACCUAUAAACGUUGCCUGGAGAUCCUGGAAAGAAUGAAUGAAGAAGACAAGGACAUGUUGGAAACUAAAUUAAAGGAACUAGCGGGAGAUGAACAAAGACUUAUACAAGAGUUGGAAGAAGUAGAGCAGAAACGUGAACAGGUCGCAGAAGAUAUAGAGAAAGUCAGGGCGGAAGCUGAAAGACUGGAGCAAGAGGAAGCACAGUACCAGAAAGAAUACAGUGAGUUCAAACGUCAGCAACUGGAACUUGAUGAUGAACGAGUCAGUGUGGAGAAUCAGAUGGCAUAUGCACAAAGCCAGCUAGACAAUUUAAAGAAGACCAAUGUCUUUAAUGCAACAUUUCACAUCUGGCACAGUGGACAGUUUGGCACCAUCAACAACUUCCGCCUUGGGCGUCUUCCCAGUGUCCCUGUGGAAUGGAAUGAGAUAAAUGCAGCCUGGGGACAAACUGUCUUGCUCCUCCAUGCACUAUCAAACAAGAUAGGCCUGGAGUUUCAGAGGUAUCGGCUGGUUCCAUUUGGAAAUCACUCAUACUUAGAAUCUCUCACAGAUAAAUCUAAGGAACUUCCCCUAUAUUGUUCUGGCGGUUUGAGGUUUUUCUGGGAUAACAAAUUUGAUCAUGCAAUGGUAGCCUUCCUCGACUGUGUACAGCAAUUUAAGGAAAAGGUGGAGAAGCAAGAUACAGAUUUCUGUCUACCUUACAGGAUGGAUGUAGAGAAAGGGAAAAUUGAAGAUACAGGUGGCAGUGGAGGAUCUUACUCCAUCAAGACACAAUUUAAUUCUGAGGAGCAGUGGACCAAAGCCUUGAAAUUUAUGUUAACCAAUCUCAAAUGGGGACUGGCCUGGGUUUCAUCGCAAUUUUAUAACAAAUGAAGUGGAGGCUAGUAUAGACUGCACUAAUGAUUAAAGUGUGGUCUUCUCAAAUGUUAGGAAGUAACAGCAGUAUCAUCUUUGUGACUGUUUGUACUGUUAACGCUUUUGCUGUUUGAGGCUGGAUACUCUGGCAGUAAGAAGAUUUAGAGACACGUUUGCCACACAAUUGCAUCAGUCUGCCUGGCUUUAUAGCUUUUUGUAGACAAGUAUUUGCAAAAGAAAAAGAUGGCUUUAUUACAUGAUUAAGUCUACAACUAAAUAUACAUACCUCCUGUGAAAAAAAACAAAACAGGCUGAAAUAAGUUACAUUGAUAUAUAUGCCCAUAUUACCUUUUCUGUUAAGGCAACAUAACAGCCUAGUAAACAUUUUACAGAUACAGGUUAUUGGUCCUGCUGCUGCUACUCAUUGAAUAUCAUAUCUGACAGAGAGGUUGGAAGGCAUAACCUCCUUUGCAAUUUUUCUAUACUUGAAAAUAACUAUAAUUUAAGACCAUGUAUUAAAAUUUGAAUUUAAGAGAUUGGAAAAUCGGAGGAUGUUGCAACAAUGUAAGAAUUGUGUAAUGUUUUGAGCUAGUUGUUUAACAGAAUCAAAAUAUAUGUAAUGCACAUUUCUAGCAUCUUUGCACUGAUAAACAGAAAACACUGAAAUAAAUAUUAUUUUGUAACCCUGAA